CGUCGAUAGAGGACCGUUGCUACAACUUCUCAUUCGGUUCUCUUCAUCCCGUGUUUCUCUUACUAUCAAACAUUGUGUCUUUACAGAUAACUUAUCUCCGAACUAUAGUGUGCCUGGACAAAUGUGGUACAAAUUGUGUUUAGUAGCGUUAAUACUUAUUUUCUAUAGAGUGUGUGGAGGAAGAAGGAUGACAAACACAAAUAGAAAGGGACCACAGUUCAUACACGAGCCACCGAAACAAGUAGAAUUUUUAAAUACCACAGGUACAGUGAUACCCUGUUCGGUUUAUGGGAAUCCCACUCCAAUUGUAAAAUGGGUUACCGAAGACGGAGCUUCUGUAACAGAUGUCCGUGGACUAAGGCAUAUCCGUUUAGAUGGUACUUUAGUCUUCCACCCUUUUCGUGCCGNGCUGAACAUGGCUAGUAAGAAAGGCAUAACAGAAUUCGAAGUCACAUCUGUACGUUGGGUAGCAUCUGAGGCCUUUGGCGAUGUGCCAACAACUGAAAUGUCCUCGUACAUCCAACCAAAAGCUGUAACAGUAUAUUUGUCACAUAUAAUGCUCAGAUAA